CGCACACUUGAGUCGCGCUCGGCCCCCGCGCGCCGAGGGAAAGUGAUGACACAGGGGGCUUCACGACGCCCUCCACGCGCGCCUGGCUUCGCAUCCACACUCUUGGGACUUGCUAAUCCGAGACUGGAGCAGUGGGGCUGCGACUGGGGCGGAAGUCGCGCCGCGCGUGGGGCCUCGGGGGUACCCCUCGCCCCCGCCUUGGUGGAGUGCGCCGCCGCUGGAGGGAGGCGAGGCGUGGGAUUGCCCCGCCGGGUAAAGGGAGUGAGGGGGCGGGGAGAAGGCAGAGCAAGGGGAGGAAGAGGCCAGGCCGGGAGUAGAGUGCUAGAGCCGAGACCGUGAGCCGAAGGAAGGGGAAAGGCGCGGAAAGCGAUCGCCGACGUGGAGAGGGCAGCCCGCGGCGCGGCAAUAGCAAGAAGGCACCCGCGGGACGCAUGCGCACGGCGGACGGAGGCGAGCCGGCCGGGGCUUCCCCUCCGGCUGGCGGGGUGGACGGUGGGCUCCCGAUGGGAUCAGAGCGGAUGGAGAUGCGCAAGCGGCAGGUGCCCGCCGCCCCGGACGCCCCAGGCGCCGCCCCAGGCCAGCCGGGAGUGGGAAGCCGUGGGUCCAACGCAUGCUGCUUCUGCUGGUGCUGCUGUUGUAGCUGCUCGUGUCUCACUGUUAGAAACCAGGAAGAUCAGAGGCCCGCAAUAGCUUCCCACGAACUCAGAGCAGACCUUCCAACCUGGGAAGAAAGCCCUGCUCCUACUCUGGAAGAAGUCAACGCCUGGGCUCAGUCAUUUGACAAAUUAAUGGUCACUCCAGCAGGAAGGAAUGCAUUCCGUGAGUUCCUCCGAACAGAAUUCAGUGAAGAAAACAUGCUCUUCUGGAUGGCCUGUGAGGAACUGAAAAAGGAAGCUAAUAAAAACAUUAUUGAAGAGAAAGCAAGGAUCAUCUAUGAAGACUACAUAUCUAUCCUUUCCCCUAAGGAGGUGAGCUUAGACUCCCGGGUGAGAGAGGUCAUCAACAGAAACAUGGUGGAGCCAUCCCAACACAUAUUCGACGAUGCUCAACUUCAGAUUUACACCCUGAUGCACAGAGACUCGUAUCCUCGAUUCAUGAACUCUACUGUCUAUAAGGACUUGCUUCAGUCCUUAUCGGAGAAAUCCAUUGAAGCAUAGGAUUUUUCAAAUAUAUUUAUUAUUAAUAAAAUAAUAAAAGAACUCAUGGGCUACAUCUAGCACAGGGAAUUUAGAGGCUGUAGCAUCUUCUGCUGGAGUAAUACUCAGGCUAUUUUAAUAACAGAUGAUUCCUUCAACAGACUGCUAUAUAUUCACAAUGUAAAUUGCAGCCACCUUUAGUGAUACUUUCGGGAAAAAAAAAAAAAAAAAAACAAGGGACAUGGCUGUUGUAGAAAGCAUAUUUGCAUUUACAAAACUGUAGCAUGUUGUCAGUGGUGAAGGCUACACAGAAGGCUCCCCGCUGCCCAGGGCAGGUGCAUCCACCAGAGCAAAGGGAACCACUUCUGUUUUGCAUGACUUUGGUAACUGAUUACUGUCCCCCUAAAGAGAAGAUAUUCAGGUGUUUCUCAACCACCUCUUCCGUCCAUGAAGCUUGGUUUGAAUAUUUCACUUACCAGUGCCAUUACAGGACCCAAAUUCACAGUUCACAAAGAUGCGACACUACAUGUGAAAAUGGCAUUCCGCUUGAUCUUAGCAUGUCUGUGUGGAGACACGUGUGCGUGUGUGGAUCUCUGCGUGGUUAAUGUAAAGCUCUGCUCUGAGGUGGAUCAGUCUCAAGUGUCUGGUAACAGAAGGAGUCCUUAGAAAAUUCUUUUGUAGAAAAGAAUUACUGUUAUUUUAUUAUUAGCAUUUGCCAACCUAAAGAAUGAAUUUUUAAAUUCACAACUUGGUCAUCUUCACAACGAAAUUGUCAAAUAAGCAUAUUUCCAUUUUUAUUAUUGAGGGAAAUAUGGGCAUUUUCAUUCUUUAAAGAAAUAAAGCACAGUAAUUUUAUCUCAA